UUUGCAAAUGAAUGCUAUUAAAUGCUUUCUCGGGGAAUUUCCCGUUCAAAGUUCCUAUCAUUUAUCUUUAGAACAAUUCUUUUAUGUUUGUAUUAUAUUUCAGAGAUUGCAGUCCAUGAAGAUACAUACAAACCACUCGAUUUACCGAAAUGGCGGCGGCGCUCCAGAGAAAAUGUUUUUCUAUAGACUGGCGGAUAGAGAAUUAUAAAUUCCUUUCUGAAUUUGAUGAACUUUACUGUCAGAGCCCAUGGUUUACCGUGGAGAAUUUGGAUGGAUCCAAAUUUUGUUUAGGCUUAUAUCCAUCAUCACAAACCCAAAUGGCUCUCUGCAUCGAAAGAGAUAUUAAUAUAUUCUCUGCUAAGGAAAUGAUAUUAUAUUUUAUUUUUUCCCUAUCAUCCGAUCAAUGUCCAUCUCUACGAUUUGAAAAAUCGUUUUCUGACGUAUUUUUAGGUUCGUCUCGUUCACUUUUGCAUUUACACAAAGCUGAAAUUUAUGAAAAAAAGGAAGGAAAAUUUGUUCUACCUGAUACAAUGACCAUUCACUGCAAAAUGUGGCAAGGACAAGGAUUGUCUGAAGAUGGAGAGUGUGUAUUGAUCACAGAACCGCAAGUGAAACAUAUAUCCGUUGUUGGUGUUGUGAAAUAUUGCAGCGAAUUAAGAUAUGGUAUGAUGAAAGCUAUUCGUAUCAGAUCUGCACCAGAAGAAACUUAUUUCUUUUCUUUGAGUUUUGGUAUGACUCAAGAAGGCACGACUUUCGUUCAGAUUUCACCUAAGGAUUUCAAAAGGAUGCGUGUAUGCAAAUGUGUAUUCUAUUUGUUAGAUAGAACAGGGAUAGAGAAGGAAUGCGGAAAAGGCAAACUCAUAUUAAAUAUAAACGGACCAGUCAGCGAAAGAAGGAUUCCACUAAAAUGUUCAGAAAGAAGUUCUACACCACUGGAUGGAAAAUAUUUAUCGAAAGAUUGCCUGUUUCUUCAGUGUGAAAUAGCAUUCUCCUCUGGAAAGUACGAAAGUAAAUUCACGAAAAUAAAAUAUGCAGCUGAAUUGUCUAAAACCAAUUCAGAGACUCCUGUCGCUCAGAAUCAACUUGCUAGUGACAGAACUCCAGAGAGUUCUGUCACUCACAGAACUCUAGAGAGUUCUGUCACUCAGAUUGAUACCGAAGUUUUGCAAGAAGAAAAUCACCAUGCAUUGACCGUCCAAGACGAUCUGCUGGCGGCUCUCUCCGAUGGCCUGCUGUCUGACACGAAACUACAGACGGCGACAGAAACAUUCCCCGCCCACAAAAUCAUCCUAAGCUCGAGAUCUCCAGUGUUUAAAGCCAUGUUUACAAAUAACAUGAAAGAAACGAAUAAUAAUUGCGUUCAAAUCGAAGACCUUGAUGCAGAUACUGUACGUCGCCUAUUGCUGUUCCUCUACUCGGAUAAUCUUCAAGACCUGGAUUUCGAGAGCUCAAUGAAACUUUAUUUUGCUGCAGACAAAUAUGAAAUACUUUCCUUAAAGAACAAAUGUUCCAUUUUUAUGCAGGAGAAUCUUUGUCCAUCCAAUUGCUGUGAUGUCUUGACACUAGCAGACAGACAUAGCGACCUUAAUCUGAAGAAGGCUGCAAAGGAGUACAUUGGAAAACACGACAAAUUGGUUUUUCAAACGGAUCAAUGGAAAUGUUUCGAAGAAACAAAUCCAUUUUUGGCCCUUGAAGCAUUCCGAGUCAUGUACCAAAGAAAUCGAAAAAAUUCUUAGCUUAACUAUAAUUUAAUUUUUUUCGUCUAUUGUAUAAUUGGUUAGCUUUAAAAAAAGGCAUGAAUAAAAUUUUAAAAUUUAGACAUUUUAAAAAUAAAAAAAAUCUGUGAAAUUGUUUCCAAUCAUAUAAUAUGAUAUGAUAUUUUCUUAAAAUUUGUUUUAUAUCUCUGUAAAUUCUUUUUCAUGAUAUGUUUUUAUGAAAUGUUAAACUAGGGAUUAAAUUGUCAGUGUCUCUAAUUUUUUAUUGAAACUCGAUAAUAAAUAUAUUCUCAAGUCAUAUGUUUUUUUAUUUGUAAUUUGAUUUUAAUUUCCUUAAUGUAUUGUAAAAUUAUGUUGUAAAAAAUUGCUAAGCAAGGAUUAGUAAGUCCAACAGAGUAACAUUAGUAAGUACUACAGUAUUAUAAAAUAUUUCACAAUAUUGCAAAUACAGAGGCUAUGUAUAGCUGAAUUCGGUAAAUUUUUCUUUUAACAGUUCUUUUUUCAACUUAAAUAGUUUGAACUAGGAGCAUUAUUGUUGGAAAAUUGAGCACUUUAAAACGAAAUCUCUUGUUUUGAUUGCUUGAUGUUUGAAAUUUAGUCAUGUACCUAUUCUGAACAUUUCUUUAAAAUUCCAAUUUAUAUCCUAACCAUGAUUAAAUUCAUUUGAAA